AUGAUUCUUUCUCGUCACGAUGUCACAUCAUCCCCGAUUCAGCAAAACCGUACGGAUCAGAGAUAUGUGAUGGGGGCUUUCGCUGACAUUGUGGGGAUAUACGCUGAGAUAUGUUAUAUAAUUUCAAAACGAGGAAUUCGUCACGGAUAUUUCGUUAUUACUGACACUGGUAAUGGCACACACGGCGAGAACUGGAGCGGCUCUCCUUUAGAACCAUAA